AACUUGGGGUCAUUCGUCUCUUGCCCCACAACCAUGUUCUCAUUUGGUAUUCAUUACCCAAACUACUCAUCAACUUGACAUUCAUUCAACCCACAUUCAUCUUCUUCUCUCCCUCACACACUUUCUCCUCCAUUUACACACUCCCCUCCAAUCAUGACAGCCUCAAACGGUUUUGCUGGCUCUCGUGGUGUUUUUAAACCACAACAUCUUCAUACAAUCUUGGUUGCCAAUCGAGGUGAGAUUGCCGUUCGAUUGAUAAGAUGCGUUCAUGCUCUUGGCUUGAAAUGUAUUACAAUUUAUACUGCUGAAGAUGAAGGAGCUCCUCAUCGAGCACAAGGCGAUAUUGCUGUGCUAUUACAUGGAAAAGAAGUUGACGGAAAAGGUUAUUUGGACGAAGAUACGAUCGUACAAGCUGCAAAAGAUCAUAAUGCACAAGCAAUCUUGCCAGGUUAUGGAUUCUUGUCAGAGCGCACAUCUUUUGCUGACAAGGUAGAAAAAGCAGGAUUAAUCUUUGUUGGACCAAAGGCAGAAGUGAUCGAUCAAUUAGGACUCAAACAUCGUGCAAUCGAACUUGCACAAAAGGCAAAAGUGCCAUGUAUGCCAGGCUCUGGAUUGGUGAGCACGUAUGAAGAAGCAAAGAAAGCCAUUCACAGUCACAUCGGUUACCCUGUUAUUCUCAAACCAAGUGCAGGAGGUGGCGGUAUGGGGUUGCAGGUAUGUGAAUCAGACGAUGAAUUGGAACGUGCUUUUGAUGCACAAAUCAGACGCUCCUUAGCACUUUUCGGCAAUGCGAACUGCUUUGUUGAAAAGUACGUCGCAAAAGGCCAUCAUGUUGAAGUGCAAAUAUUCGGUAAUGGAAAAGGUGAUGUGAUCCAUCUUGGCGAAAGAGAAUGUAGCAUUCAAAGAAGAUUUCAAAAAGUGAUCGAAGAAGCUCCUUCGCCAUUUGUACAGAAACGUGCCGAUCCUUCCGACCCAAACAAUUUACGAAAGCGAAUGACAACAUGUGCAAAACGAUUCGGACAAGAGACAAAGUACAGGUCUGCAGGAACGUUGGAAUUCCUUGUUGAUGAUGACACUGGCGAAUUCUACUUUUUGGAAUGCAAUACUCGUAUUCAAGUUGAGCAUUGCGUGACAGAAGAAGUGCGGGAUGUGGACAUCGUUGCAUUGAUGCUACAACAAGCUGAUGCUCAAUUGGGCAAGGAGGGAGCAUUAUCACGGGAAGCUCUCGAAGCCAUUGAACGUGAUGACCCGCCAUCUCCUCUCACCUGGGCAAUCGAAGCACGUCUUUACUGUGAGAACCCAUUGCGAAACUUCGAUCCAAGCCCGGGUCUUUUACAGCAAAUUGAUUGGAAGAGCGAUCCAAAGAAACACAGGAUUGAAUCUUGGGUACAAACGGGAACUCGAAUCACGCAAUCGUAUGAUCCUCUUUUGGCCAAAUUGAUCGCUCGAGGCGGAGACAGAGAAGAGGCUUGCAAGAACUUGAUUGCACUUUUACAAGAUUCUCAUAUUUAUGGACCCACGAAUGCAGACUUUUUGCUUGCCAUCAUCCAAUCAAAACUCUUCCAAUCGGGUGAAACAGUGACUUCAUUCUUGAAAGAUGAAAGGUUUUCCUACGUUCCAAAAGCGUUUGAAGUGCUUGAUCAUGGUAUGUCAACCUCCAUUCAAGAUGGCGGAAGGCUAUCGAUCGGACAUGGUUUACCACCUUCAGGUCCAUCUGAUAAGCUCUCUAUGCGAGUGGCCAAUGCCAUCGUUGGAAAUCAAAACGAUCUAACAGAAGCAUUGGAGAUUACACUUUCUGGACCCACACUCAAGUUUCAUGCGGAUGCAAUCAUUUGUCUUGCUGGUGCGCCAUUUGCAUUCAGCUUCUCAAGUGAAUCGCAAAAAGAAACUGCAUUGGAAAUGUAUGCUGCCUAUAAGAUCAAAGCGGGAUCAACAUUGAAGAUCGGAUCAAUGCGACCUGAUGCAAAGGUCAAAGGUGCACGAGCAUAUCUCGCAAUCAAAGGUGGCUUGCCAAAGGUGCCCGCUUACCUUGGAUCCAAAUCUACUACUGCAUCCUUGGGAUUAGGUGGUCAUCAAGGAAGAGAUUUGCGCAUCGGUGAUGUGAUCUUCAUUGAUGAACAAGCAGCGCUGUCACACAAAGAUGCUCAAUACGCUCCCACGGCUCUCUUUGGUCCCUUGCCAGAGAACCUUCAACAUAUUCAACACCUUUCAACAGGCGAAGAAGUCAAAAAGCUGUUCUGCUUACGCGGUCCUUUUGAUGAUGACGAAUACAUCACUGCUGCCGGAAGAGAACAACUCUAUGAUAAGCCAAUGACGGUUUCACAAAAUGCAGCACGAUCCGGUAUUCGAUUGUCUCUUUAUGAAGGAGCUCGUCUUUCUUGGGCUCGUAAAGAUGGUGGUCAAGGUGGAAGUCAUCCUUCGAAUAUGUUGGAAUUUGGUUAUUCACUUGGAGGUUUGAACUGGAAUGGCGACACUCCCGUUCUGCUUGGUGUUGAUGGUCCUGAUCUUGGUGGAUUGUUGAUCAGUUCGACUAUUAUUUCAAGUGAAUGGCGUAUGGGUCAACUUUUGCCUGGAAUGCAAGUACAAUUCAUUCCGAUCACAUAUGAACAAGCACGAGCGUUAGCAGAAGAACAAGAUGCGCAUAUCAAGUCCAUCAUGGAUGCAGUUGCACAAGGGAAAGACUUGACAGAAAAGAAUGUAAAACCAACAAAGGGUACUCUCGAAAACGUUGUGCAUCACACCAAACUGCCUUCCCCAAUCUUAUACCAAACAUCUGGCAAAGACUCACCAGUAAUGACGCUACGUGCAGCGGGAGAUGACGGAUUGGUGAUCGAGUUUGGUGGAAUGGUCGCUGAUAUGGUUAUCAGAAGCAGAGUCGAGUUGAUGCUGCGUGCAAUCAAGGAAAAGUCACCUGAAGGUAUUCUCUAUACUGAUGUCAAUAUCCGUACAUUGACUGUUCGCUUCAAUCCAUCAGUUCUUCCACGAAACAAUCUCGUCAACUUUAUUCAAGAGAUCGAAAAGUCCUUGCCUCAAGAUAUCACCUCUAUCAAGAUCCCAUAUCGUGUCUGGAAAAUGCCUUUAUGCUUCUCACAUCCUGCGGUGUUUGAUUCAGUGGAUCGCUACAAACAAAGCGUACGAAACAAAGCUGUAUAUUUGGAUUCGGAAAAAGGAACGGAUAAUUGUAACUAUUUAGCCAGAACAAAUGGCUUACAAAGCAAAAAACAAGUCGAAGAAGCAAUUUUAGGCAGUGAAUUGAUCACUGUUGGAAAUGGAUUCUUUUUGGGUACGCCAAUCUUGUUUGCCCGUGAUCGUCGUAAACGAUUACGCUGUCAAAAGUACAACCCAACCCGCUUGCAAACUCCUGAAGGUGCUUUCGGAUGGGGUGGCUGUAUGGGUGCAGUGUAUGGUGUCGAAUCACCUGGCGGUUAUCAACUUGUAGGCAGAACCCUACCAUUCUGGAACACGUUUGGAACGGCAAAAGGCUUUACAUCAGAACGACCUUGGUUAUUGGAAAGUUUUGAUGUUGUUGACUUUUAUCUUAUGCAACCCGAAGAAUUGGACAAAGCUCUAGCUUCAUUCAAAGCAGGUCAAUGGACAUGGGAUGUACGUGAAGCAACGUUUGACGUUGGAGAGCAAGCUCGAUUUGAUGAAAAGGUUGCCAAAGAAGCAGAAGAAUAUGAGCGCAAACAAGCGAUUGCUGUUGCUCAAUGUGAGAAAGAAGAGGCAGAAUCGUUCGCUCAAUGGAGAGCAGAAGAAGAUGCAAUCUUGGAGAAGAAGAAAGCAGCUGAAAAGAAUGGCAUUGCUUCGGAUAAUGAAUGGCAAAGUGACCCAGCAGUAACUAUCAAGCUUGUUGCACCUUUGAAUGCCUCUGUUUGGAAACCUGCCAUUCUUGGAAAGACGUAUUCUGCUGGCGAUUCGGUAUCUAUUUUGGAAGCGAUGAAGACUGAGAUUCCGAUCAAAGCACCUGAAGCACUUGUGGUGAAGUACGUCGUUGCACCGGAAGGUCAAAGUGUACAACCUGGUGACGUGGUGGCAGCUUGUGUUCCUGCGAAGGCUACGAAAUGAUUCAGAUACGAGACAGGAUUGACGAGACUCAACAUAUGUAUAUAUUACUGAUCUUAUGAAAUGACAUGAAGUGGUGUGAUUCAAAAAGGAACUGCGCCUGAUUUUCCAUCACGUUUACCUCUUUCUUCUUCUGGAACGCUUUUCAGAACACGAGCAGGAUUACC